UUUUCCCAGCACUAUUUUCGCUUUGAAACUUAUAUAGUUUCUUAGCGGAUUGCUAAUUUAGUAUUAUUUUAGAAAUACUAUAGGAUUACUCAGUCACUUAUAUGCAUAAAUAUGUGAAAGAAACAAAUGCUUCAAAUUCGCGGCGAAAGGAAGAAUUGUUAUGCUUACGUUAGAUUACGUUCGCCUUUGUACAUUUGCAACAUGACAUUAAAACAAGUUGUUUACUCUCUGAAAAGACGAUUAGAUGACAGUGAUGCAAAGUCGCCCCUCAAUUUCAAGUACAUCAGCAUGCUGAGUUUCAUGUUAAGCUCCAUCGGCUCCUGGCCGCACAGGCAGUUCGGCCGGCGCCGGCUGGACUUUAUACUAUCCAUGUAUAAUAUGCUGUUGAUCGUCGUAGCCAUGGCGUUACCGAGUUUGGGUGCAACCUACAUCUGGUACAAGAGAGAGACCAUUUCGUUCUUCGAUGCGGGGCACGUGCUUUUAUGCAUGUUUUUAGAAUUCUUGUUUUUGCAAAGGUUAUUUAUGGCUUGGACGGAUAAAUAUCGAGAGAUAAUAAAGGAUUAUUUACUAGAAUUCCACCUUUUUUACUUCAAGAAUCGCUCGCAGUACGCUUCGAAGAUACAUACGCAGAUACACAACAUAUCAGUGAUAUUCACAUUGUACAUGGCCUGUCAGAUGAUCUGUGGUAUGUGCCUGUUCACUUUCAUGCCGUGGUACAACAACUACAACAACGGAAUGUUCGGCCCGGACCGGCCCGCCAACCGCACUUUUGAGCAAGCUGUCUACUUUUACUGCUUCACCGAAGACGUGUAUACUACCAUAAAGGGAUAUUGGGUUCUCUUCGUAUUCAAUAUUCCUACCGCCUACAAUACUUCAUGUGGCGUCGUCGCCUUUGACCUCCUGAUCUCCCUUAUAGUCUUUCAAAUUUGGGGGCAUCUCAAAAUUUUGAAACACAAUUUGUCAAGCAUAAUUCCGAAGGACGGCAUGUAUUCACCAGAAGAGAAUAUGAGAGUCCGAGAGGUCUUAAAGGAAAUCAUCGAACACCACAAAUUAAUCAUAACGUUUGUGGACAAGUGCUCCAACGCUUUAAGUGAGGAAUUGUUUGUAUUUUAUAUGAUGAUGCAACUCCUGACCUGCACCUGUUUGCUUGAGGUUUCCUCCUUAUCGACAGACGCACUGGCUAAAUACGGAUCGAUCACUCUAGUGGUGCACCAACAAUUGAUUCAAGUUUCCAUACUUUUCGAAAUGAUAAGUGCUAAGAGCGAGCAGCUGAUCGACGCCGUGUACGCGAUGCCGUGGCAGUGCAUGGACACCAGCAAUCGCAAGACUGUGAUGGUCCUGCUGCAGAGGACGCAGACCCCUAUCACGCUCAAGGCCGCCAAGAUGGUACCCGUGGGUCUGCAGACCAUGGCCGCGGUCCUGAAGACAACAUUUUCCUAUUACAUGAUGCUGAACGCUGUGGCUGGGGAGCGUUAAGGCACCGAAUACCACG